AGAGUUAAUUAUUUGAACCACAGUCUGAACAAAUUUAGCUUGCCACAUGUGCAGGAGGUUUUUGUACGAGCAGUAAUAGGGAUUGUAUCACUGUGGUACACUUUUGGUAGCGGCACCAGACUUGAUGUUGGAAGUAAGUAACAAGCUCUUUUGAUAUUUAUUUCAGCUAUUAUUUUUUUGUAUUUUACUUUCUUAAACGCUGUCUACGAAAAUAUUGCGAUUUUACAUAUUUUACUUUCUAAAAAAUAUAGUUAUUUCUAUUACUUUUGACGAAGCCUUCUUUCAAAUGACAUUUUGUUUAACUAAAAUGUUAAAAUGUAGGUGUUUAUGUAUAUGUCUGGUUUGAUGGAUUGCAGAGUAUAAUUCUAGAAUGAUAACUACUUAAUAAUUUCGAAUAUUGUUGUUGCAUUGUGUAUUACUGUUUGUGUCCGAUGGUUGAUCUUUAACUCUCAAAUAUUUUUGGUUAAAUUGAGCUUUUGAAUGAGCCUUCUUUCAAAUAGAUAUUUAUGGAAUCAAAAUGAUAAAUUGUAGGAUUAUUUGUAUGUCUGAUUUGUAUAUUUCCGGAUUCUGAUAUAACAACUAUUUAAUAGUAUAGUAUAUAGUAUUAAUCAUUGUUGAAUUGUGUUCAUGGUAGACUUCACUGUUAGUGUGAAGACAAAGGGUCUCAGUUAUGUUUGUAACAGACUUCAUGAUCUAACAAGGUUGAUAUGUGAUGAAAAUACUAUGAAUAUGAGUAGGCUAUUCUGAUCAGAUCCAUUCCUAAACAAUAUCUGUAUGACAUGUGUAACUGACACCGUAUGACUUGUAACUCUAGUUAUUUAACCACUUUAUACUUGUUUGGUUCAUAAAUCUGCUUUGUAUCAUAUUACUUUAGUGUUUUCUCCACAUCUUUUAAACUAUCUAACUUCUACAUUCAUAUUUAAGAGGUCACUUUAUUUUGAUGCGUACUUUGCUGAAUAUAAUAUCUUACUGUAGCUGUACUUGAUGUUGUUACUUAGUUGAUGAUUUCUGUUUGUUACAGGUAACAGUGCCCCCACCCUCACCGUCCUGCCCCCCUCUAGUGAGGAGCUGUCCAUUACAACAACAGCCACACUGACGUGUCUGGCCAACAAGGGCUUCCCCUCAGACUGGACCAUGAGCUGGAAAGUGGACGGGACCAGCAAGAAGCAGGAGGCCAGUCCCGGGGUCCUGGAGAAGGACGGCCUGUACAGCUGGAGCAGCACCCUGACUCUCACUGCCCAGGAGUGGACCAAGGCAGGAGAGGUGACCUGUGAAGCCCAGCAGAAAUCCCAGACUACAGUCACCAAGACCCUGAGGAGGGCUGACUGUUCU